AUGAUUGUUAAUCUAUCACAUUUAUUGUUAUUAAAGAUAGUUAAUUAUCUUGAUAAUAUAGAUAAAAUAUGUUUCAGUUUAGUUAGUAAAAGUUUGUUUGAAGAACGAGAUAAAUAUCUAUAUUUUAAUACCGAUCAUAUAAAUAUCCUUCAUCAAAUCGAGAAAGAAGAUGAAGAAGUAGUAACAAAUAGAUAUUAUAAUGGAAUAUUCAAAUUGAAAUCAUAUCAAUCAUUAAUACAAAGAUCAUUAAAUCAAAAGAGUAAUUGUACUCUGACAUAUGGUACAUUAGCAUACAAAACAGACUAUUCAAUAGUUAUAUUUGGCAAAGAUGAUAUAAUUACACCAAAUAUCACUAAAGUUUGUUUAGAAGAAAAAAAAGAAGAUAUUUUCAAUUUGAAUCAUUUAAAGAAUCUCUAUCGAAUGAUAACGAAUUCAAAUGUGUUCAGCCUCAAAGGAAUAUCAAGUUUACCAAGUGCAUUGCCAAUGAAUCUGACAUCGAUAAAAUUUGGUCCAGAGUUCGAUGAGCCAUUUUUGGCAGGUUAUCUUCCACCAAAUCUAAAGAAAUUAAAAUUCGAUUUGAACUCCUCGUUUGAUUAUCCAAUCUCAGCAGGUAUUCUUCCAAAUACGUUGGAGAAACUGGCAAUGAAUGAUUACUUCAACCAACGACUCGAACCGAAUGUAUUGCCAGAGUCUUUAACAUUUUUAGAAUUGGGAAGCGAGUUUACUCAAACACUUCAAGUCGGAUCACUCCCUCCAAAUCUUAGAGUUCUUUAUCACUUUGGUAGUAGUCAGAUAUCGGAUGGGGUAUUGCCAAAAUCACUUUGUACUUUGGUUGACGCACCUUUUUCUUGGAUUCCAUUCAUCAAAACACUGAACAAUCUCACAACACUAUCAUUCAAUCAAACCGAUAUUGGGAAUCUGACAAUAGAUUUGUCAGAUCUACCAGUUUCUCUCACCAAUUUAGAUGUAGGCGCUCGAUGUCACCUCAGGUCAACUCUACCUCCUUCAAUCAAACACCUCAAGAUUCACCGAGCUCAAUAUGAUAUCGAUGAGAUAUUCAAAGAUCGAUCACAAUAUCAAUUAGAAGAACUAAGUGUAGAUGCACUCAAACAAGAAUCACUCGACAAUCUGAAGAUCAAGGAGUUGAUAUUGGAGUUUAGACAGAGAAAAGGUUUCUUAAGAGAUAUUCCUUUAGGUGUGGAGACUUUAAAUUUUGGACCACACUUUAAGGGAGCUAGAAUAAGAAAAAAGGAAAAUGCUGAAUUUCCAUCAUCAUUGAAGAAGUUCUUAUUUCAAUUCAGUGCAACAAUGAAUGUACUUGAUUUCGAAAUACCCAACACUGUUGAAGAAGUGGAGAUAUUACACUUUUUAAUAGGGGAUUCGUUUACUUCAGGUGACAAGAUUCCAAACUCUGUGAAAACACUAACUGUGCCUUUUUCAGUAUUUGAAGGUUUAUUAAUGUUUAACAUACCUAGAUCAGUGACCAAUAUUUGUUUUACAACAAAAAAUGGUGUGGAUCUCAUUGUUCGAAAGCUUUAUGAUGAAAAAAGUAUUCUAAUUUUUGGUCAAAUCGAUGGAAUAUUAAUGGCUGCAAUAAAAUCAUCACCAUCAAUAACAAUAUCUUGUACUAUUGUUUAUCAUUCAAUGAUUGUUACUCUAUCACAUUUAUUGUUAUCAAAGAUAGUUAACUUUCUUGAUAAUAUCGACAGAAUAGUGUUUACAUUAGUUUGUAAAAAAUGGUUCGAUGACAGACAUAGAUAUCUAUAUUUUAAUACAGAUCAUAUAAAUAUCAUUAAUCAAAUUGAGAAAGAAGAUAAAGAAGAAGCAUUUAACGAUUUUAAUAGUUUAUUAACAUUGAAAUCAUAUCAAUCUUUAAUACUCAGAUCACUCAAACAAAAGAAUAAUUGUACUCUUACAUUUGGUGCACCUACUUACAAAACAGACUAUUCAAAAAGCUCACGUAAGCUAUUGUUAAUAGCAUUUUAUAUUGAUUAUACAAUCCUAAUCUUUUAUUAA